GAUACAAUGUUGCUAACAGACACACGUUCCUCAGGCUACAUCAGUGUUCGUGACAAGAAGUGUUAAGGUACCAAAAAUCAAAUAUCAGGACCAAUGUCAGCUAUUCAUAACGGGUCGACACGGACAGAAGAAGAAAAUCUCGGAAUAAUCAAUACAUCGACUUUGACAUUGUAGCAGUGACACUUGUCAAUUUACCGUAUAAAAUGAACUAUGCCUAAAAGUGGACAGAUCACUUAAUAUGUACAAGACAUCUGAGACACCACCAUGGAGAACAAUGAUGACAGGACAGUGUGUGUGACAUCAGUGAAAGGGUUAAAGGACAACUGGCAGAGAUGGUCCAACGAGCACCAGGAGUACCAGAAAGACAACCCCUUCAGUAACGACCGGGGGGCUAUGGUGAGUGCGACUGCCCAGCAGCAGAGGCUCCAGCGGGACCAGGAUGGCUACGGGAGGCCCCUGGAGGGCUCCUUGACAGAGCAGAGGGGCCAGGAUGCCCACAUCCACAUUAGCCGGGAGGUGGAGGAGCUCUGCCAGGUGAUCAGGGACAUAGGGGAAAGCUGUGGGGACGGAGGUAGGGAGGAGAGACCUAUGGUGACGGUGGAGUUUGGGAAGCUGUUUGAGCACUAUGUGAACAUCUCCAACAAGGUGGUGGGGAUCCUGCUGAGGGCCAGAAAACAAGGCCUGGUCAGCUUUGAAGGGGAGAUGCUGUGGCAGGGGCAGGAUGACAGGGUCCUCAUCACACUGCUACAGUCACCAGGAUGAGAUGACAGGGUCGUCUCUAUGCUGCUUCAGUGACCAGGUUGAUGCAGCUGACGGACAAGGCGGUAGCCAAGGCCCUGUCCAGAAACAUCCCCUAGCCCUUAGGCACUCAUGUACAGUAGUUGUGAAAGGAUUGACUAGGUCUAAGCAAUAUGAUAAAUUACAUUAGGUAGCAAGGUGCAGCUACAACACCUAUCAAUUCUUUCAGAUUUACACCUGCAGCUAGUAGGGGUAGUUGUUUCUGGACAGGCCCCAAGAGAACCAACCUGUGGCAGCAGUGACAUGCAAUAUGGUGCUGUAGGAUGAACCUGAGCCUAUUGGCCUGAAUGGACCUUGCGUUGCAUUCCCAGUUACACAGCUACACUGUAAUCUACAUAGCGUUUACAAUGUUCCUUAGCAACCUUUGUAAUUAGACACAGAGGAAAGGUGUACUUUUUAGGGCACAAAUACAACACACUGACACUGUAGGCUUAUGUUAGAAAUGCUGGAAGGAGGCUAUGAAACUGGAUACAUGGUUGACAAUGUAGCAAAAUGUACCACCAUUUUAUUUACAUUCAGUAGAAAUAGCACAUCACUUUUUGGGCCACUGGAAUUUGUGGAAUUCACACUGUACUAAAUUCACAUUGUUCAAUUUAACAAGGGUUGUUUGAGGAAUGCUUUUGUAGCUACUUGCACUCAUAACACAAUAUGAUGAAAUAUACUCUAACACUUUACUCAUUUGAAAAAUAAUUAUUUUGUCACCAACUAAUAUACUUUAUUACACACACACACACACACACACACACACACACACACACGUGUUCAUGUUUACAAAGGAAAGCACUGAUGUUUUUCAAUAAAGUCUUCCAACAGAUCACCAAAAAUGACUGUUAAUUCAUGAUAAAUUGCAUUAGAAUGAUAGGUAACACUUUAUACUUUU